AUGAGUCACGCGACCACCCAGGAUGGGAAAUUGACUGGACCAUCUGUAACAACGGCUGAUGUCGAGCAGCAAGUGCAAGUAGCGGGCGGGAAAGACAUGGCUUUAGAACCCAUCCAGCCAUCAUCAUCGGCCACCAAUGGAGACUUAACUCUGACGAGGACGGAGACACCCGGACCAGAGUAUUCCGUCUUCUCUAGAGGAAGUAGGAGAUGGAUCAUCUUCAUGGCCGCAGUUGCCAGUUUUGUCUCUCCAAUGACCGCCACCAUAUACUACCCUGCUCUGGUGCCGUUGUCCAGAGACCUCGGCGUGAGCAUAUCCUUGAUUAACCUGACAGUCACGUCCUACAUGAUUUUCCAGGCCAUAAUCCCUUCCAUGUACGGUGACUUGGGCGACACCGCGGGUCGGCGACCGGCUCUAUUCCUCUCGUUCACGAUCUACCUCUUCGCCAACAUUGGCCUCGCUCUGCAGAGAAGUUACCCGGCCCUGCUAGUUCUGCGGAUGAUCCAGGCCUGCGGUAACAGUGGCACGAUUGCACUCGGCUUUGCCGUGGUAGCGGAUCUAGUCACGAGCUCCGAGAGGGGGAAAUACAUGGGCAUAAUCUACUGUGGCAUCAAUGUUGGACCCACGCUAGCCCCUGUUCUCGGUGGAAUCUUCUCAGCCUACCUGGGGUGGCCCUCCAUAUUCUGGUUCAGUGCCAUACUGGCCGUUGUAUGGUUAAUUCCCUUUUUGUUGGUCGUUCCCGAGACAUGCCGAGCUGUGGUUGGAAAUGGAAGUAUACCGCCGCAGAGAUGGAACAGAACUCUUUUUGAAAUCAUCAAAGGGCGAAAAGAGGCGCCUGGGCAGACCAUCGAGCGGCCUAAGCUACGCUUCCCGAAUCCUAUCUACACCCUGAAAAUUAUAUUCAACAAGGAGAUGUCACUUAUCCUACUGUACAGCUCGAUCCUAUACCUGGAUUUCGUUAUCGUGGCGGCAACCCUGGGAACUCUGUUCCAGAAGACGUACGGCUUCUCGGAUCUUGAGGUUGGUCUAUGCUAUCUGCCAUACGGUGCUGGCUGCUGCAUCUCCAGCGUUGGUCAGGGAUAUAUUCUAGACUGGAACUACCGCCGCGUCGCGAAGAAGGUCGGGUUCAAAAUCGACAGAAGACGGGGCGACAAUCUUCUGAACUUCCCACUCGAGAAAGCCCGACUUGAGACAGUCACCCCUGUGAUAGUCCUCGGGGUCGGGACGCUCGUCGCAUACGGCUGGGUUCUCCAAGCCAAGGCCAGCGUGGCCGUGCCCUUGGUUCUGCAGUUUAUCAUCGGGCUCUGCUUCCCCGGCUCAUUCAGCGUGAUGAACACGCUGAUUGUUGAUUUACACCCGAAGGCCCCCGCCACAGCCUCAGCGGCCAACAACAUGGCAAGGUGUCUGCUGGGAGCAGCGGGAACCGCAUUCAUGGAGCCUCUGUUUCUUAAGAUUGGGUAUGGAUGGGCUUUUACGAUUUUCGGCGCCCUGCCAGCUCUGCUCUCUCCUCUGCUGUUUGUUAUUCAGAAGUGCGGCCCCAGGUGGAGAAAAGAGAAACACGCCGCGGAGGAAGAUGGAGAAUAG